AUGCUUCUGGAUGGCUGUGUAGGUGGUGCUCGAGGUGGAGACCUUGUCCUGAGCGGUUUUCCUGCGCCUCAGCUCAACCGACGCUAUUGGAGCUACGUUGCUGGUCCACUGCUGUGCCUCCAGUCGCCGCCAGCGACGACGCUGGGUGCGGUGCUUAUGGCUUUCGAGAUGAGGUCGCUCGAAGGGCCGUAUCAGUACUGCGUCCAACAAAUUGAAAACAGUUCUUGCCUGCAAGUUUGCUCUGUGGGGUAUGCGAAGAUCAACUGGCAGCGCUUGCUUUACACCCGAACCUUCGGUUCCAGCCUGGUCCCAACACGCUUUCCUCAGCACCUCCAUGCCUCAAACCUCGGCUUGGACGACCUGCACGACCUGCGCCGUCCCACCGAGCCCUGCAACGCCGUCCCGGCGCCAAGACCGUCCUCCGUCGCAGUCGCCGCGGUGCAGCUGGGGGCGGUCGCCGUCGUCUCGAAGGUGCUGGGUGUCUACCAAGACACGGGCAUGGACUUCAAUGGAGCUGUCCUUUAUCGGCAUGCUACGAUGUCUUGGCCACCCCUCUUCCUGCGGUACUACCCACGAAGCCAGGAGUGGUGUGUUGAGAUGGGCUGGUGCUAUGUGCACGGCUGCUUUCAAGCCAACCCGGAGGCUGCCGGCUGCGGCUCGCCGUGGAUGGGCUGCCGCCAGGGCAUUGAGGUGAUGUGCUUGAAGGAUACUACAUGGGCGAUUCGUGAUUGGAUUUCAUCGAGAGAGCCUGAGUUGCAGCACGCCCAACGGCGGAUCGAGGAGAACUGCUGUCCAGAUGCGCUCUUAACUCUUCCAGGAGCUCAUCAGGAGAAGGCAGGUUUAUUGCGCCUGCCUCUUGUGAUGGGCAAUUACACAGGCCUCAAGAGCGAAUCGAUUUGGGCCAGGGAGCGCUCGGACCUGCGUGCUCGGACCCGCGCAAAACAACCGCGGCUGCGGCGAAGACAUGUGAUUGUGGUCCGUGUUCCAAAAGCAAGCUCAUCAACGCUGGCUUCUGUCUUUGUGCGGCUGGGUCGGUCCUUGGGGCACUUGAUUCCGGUGGGAGCCCAUGAGUCGGGCCUCCCUCGGCGACCGGGGGGGAUGCCAGUGAUGCUCACUAUCAAGCAUGACCUGCCAAAGGUGGCCUGGUCCGAGUGGCGCGACACAUUGGGGCCCGCUCCGCUGGUGGUGACCACCUUGCGGCAUCCCCACCAGCGAUGUGUCUCUGCGCUUGAUCAUGUGCACAUCGAUGCGGCGGUGCCCCCCAGCAUGCAGGAGAAGAUGCGCUGGCUGCGAAGAGACUGUAAUCGAAGCAACUUCAGCUAUGCGGAUGUGUGCUGUGGAAACUUUCAAUAUCAUUUUCUUUCCCUGUGGCCCUCGGAGCCAGUGGACCAUUUGUUGGCAAGAUAUGACUUUAUUUUUAUCACCGAGCGCUUUGAUGAUUCUUUGCUGGCGUUCCGCUCUCAGUGGAACCUGACCUUCGCGCAGUUGUUGCAUGUGCGCUUGAAAUCCUCUGACCGACGACAGGUUUGCGCCUUCCGGUCGCGGAAAGGCUUUGUGGUGAAGAAGGAGAACGGCGAGGCGUUGACCAAGGCGAAGACGGAUCGACGCUUCCUGGGCAGCAACUGGGCCGAUCUCUAUUUGUGGCAGGAGGCCAAUGCUCGGCUGGACAACUUGCUCUCUGGCUAUGGCAGUGAACAACUCGAGCGAGAUCGGGAAAUGCUGCAGAUCGUUCUGAAGGUGGCAAGAGACACGUGCCAACGUCUCUCCGCCGAGCUUUAUAUUUUGCAGGACAUUGGCUGCGCUCAAGACUGCCUUGACCUGGUGGCUGAGAAGAUUCGUGUCUUCGUGGGCGAUACUUGA